AGGAGGAAGAGAAGAAGAAGAAGAAGAAGAAGAAGAAGAAGAAGAAAAAGAAGAAGAAGAAAAAAAAAGAAACCAGUUGUAGUUAUAGUAGUGUUCGGGAAGCGUGGUCAUCGUAUAUUUUCGUCUUUUUGACAACCAUAUUACGAAAACAAGUACAGCUGAUACCCAAGAUGAGCAUCUUUCAACAAAGAGUGCAACAUUUAGUUGCUGCUUAUGAUCAUACAUUGGAGCAGCAAAUAGUGAGGACAGGCUCCUACCUGGCGUGCAGCGAUAAGGAGCUGUGGAAGCAAGUGGAGGAGGUCUUGAGCAACAAAAAUGCUCAAGAGGCACACUGCUUGAGUCUGGAUCCUCUGAGGAUUAUGGAAGACUCUCUCAAAGUGGAAGCAGCAUUACAAAAUGGAUUGAAAGCAGGUACCGACAAGCAAGUGAAAGCAAGAGGAGGACUCCUAGGCCUUGCCAAAGCAUUUGAGCUUCUUGAACAAGCCGCUUUGAACCUUUACCUUGGGCCCUGGAGGCAAGAGUACAAAGUUGUCAAGAUGUACUCAGGGAUGUUUACACACUACAUCAAACCAGUGCUGUCCGAGCCACAGAUUGAGAAAGUGUUUGGUUUACUAGGAUACCAGUGCUCAAGACGACGGGACCUUCUUAAUCUCCAGUUCCUCAACCCAUUGAUUUUGGAUGAUUUCCUCUCCCUGUCGUGUGCCUUUUUUCUGGCACGUUGUGAGUGCCGCCUCCUUUUUAGGGCUCUGGAGAAUCAUGGCGGUGAUCCCCAGUGGGAGCUGUGCAUGGUCAGGGAGAGACUGCGGGGAUGUAUCAUCCAGGUUGCACUGGAAAAUACCAAAAGGACAAUGGGAUUCAAGCAGCCGCUGAUGGAGUCUGAUGAAGAAUCAGAUGUGGAUCUGUAUACAGACGAGCACAUUAAUGGGGGGCAGAGAGGAAUGCUUGUUACUGUUGAUGAAACUUCCUCCUCGUUAGUGUGGGGGACUCUGCCUGUUAAAAUGCACCACAAUCGAGCAGUGUCCCCAUCCUCCAAAGCCACAAAAGAAUGUGUUUGCAUUUCAGCACUCAGCUGCCAGGUUACCAAAAGGUUGCAAUCUGAACCAUUCCGAAGCUCCUCGGGAAGAGUGAGUCAACCUCACAGUGCAGGUGGGGAGACAACUGGUGAUUUGAAUCUACAACAUUACAGCCGAGGGGAAGAUAUUGCAGUGAUGGGAAAGAGUGAGGUGGAAAGCAACCACCUUUGUAGCUGCCUUCAAUCUCCUCAACUGUACUUGAACCAAUGUAUAGAAUGCAACACAGUCCACGAUAUUUCCUGUCCCGUGGUUCAGCACUGUUCCCAGGAAGGCCACAAAGUUUUGUUGCCUGAAGAGAUGAAAGAAGCAGCAGCAAUUUUACCUCGGAACCAAAAUGUUAAACCACAAGCUUUGAAUGGGUCUCCAAAUCUCAGCAGCAUCAAUGGAGCAAUGUUGUCUUUAUCUUUUUGUGAUAAAACAAAAUCAUUGAGUCCCGUUUAUCAUCCAAUCAGUUAUCAUGACUGCUGCAACCUCAACCACCUUGAUCCCCAGGUUCUAUGUCUCAGUUGCAGCGUUUUCCACUCAGCUACCUGCAAAGGUUUAGACUUUUGCAAAAGUCAACACACACUCAAAACACUGGGUAACUGCUCCUGUGGGAGGGCUUGUUCCAGAAAACCCAUGGUUUUGUGCAGAUAUUGUGGAAAAGAGUAUUGUAAUGAUUGUUGGUAUAGAAAUCCUCUUACAUGCAUCUGUGGCCAAACAUUUGAUCAGGCAUCCCUCUGACUUCUCAGCAUUAAUAAUGCCAAGAUAAUUUAAUUUACAGUGCCUUAAAUAUGCAGACUGGGGAGAAACGGCAAUGAAUCAAAUGCUUCAGUGUUGCCUUGACUUAAUUAAAAAAUACUUAUUGUGUUCAACUUUUUAUUUAGCUCCUACAUACAAUUUCUGUAACUCAUUGCCAGGCCAGAUUAUAUCUUGUUUUCAUGUUCUCCUCUGGGGCCCCUUAUGUAAUUCACUGCCAUGCAAGUUGUUUUGUUUGUAUCCAGACUACAUUGCAGUACAUUUACUGAAUGGUCCUUUGAAGGGGGAACUACGAGUACCCAAUUUACAUGUUAAAUGCAAUACUAUAUCUGAUCUGAAUCCAGUGUUUUCACAACUUUUGCAUUUGGAAAUAUGGGUAAAAACACUUCUUCCUCACUUGGGUCAGUGGAAAGGGGCUGUAAAAAGCCAUCUUUAUUAUUAUUGUUUUUCUAAAUCUCACCAUAAAGCCAGAAAAAAAUAACAUCUGUUUAGGUUUUGUUCGUGUUUUUAUUUGUAAACACCAGCCAGAAAGAAUUUUUAGUUCAGUUUCAUACAGUCAUGUCAUCAAGCUUAUAUGUGCUCUUUAACAUAGCAGAUAAUUGUUGGAUAAUUGUUUUCUGUCUUGGUCACAUAAUCUGCAUAUAGCAUAUUAUAUUGGAGAUUAGUGACCCACUUUACAUUUGGUUUGCCCUAGUGGUGGGGAAAUGCAGCAUCUUGACGCUUUAAACCAUUUCAGACAAUUUGAGAAAGGAUUCUUUUUCUUAAGGUUUAUAACCACAUGACAUUUGCUGGCAAUGUGUGAAAUUACAGGUAGCUCUAUCUUCAUGUGUGAUGCAAUGAAUCCUGACACUUUUUUGGCUCUUGGGAAUGACUAUGUACUACAACUCACCCCCCCCCCCAAAAAAAAAAAAGGAUGAACAAAUCAUGGACAAAGUGUAUGAUAAAAUAAAAAAAUGUGAAGGUUUUCUUGUCCAUAAAUGAUUCCAAUAGUA